CCUCCAGGGCCGUCUGUCGCUGGGGGUAGUAGCGGGAUGGCUGUGCAGUCUGGGCGGGAGGCGGGCAAGGAUGAGGAGGAAAUCCAGAUAGUCAGUGUCACCUCGCUGGCCCGCGGGGGCCAUCACAGGGGGCUCCAGGCCUCAGGGAUGGGGGUGGGGUUAGCAGCAGCCAACGCCAGGCGGAGAGUUGCCCUGUCACCAGCAUCCAACCCCACGUUGGCAGCUCGCAAGAGGUUGUUGGACAAAGCCCUGAUGCACAAAACUAGGAUAAGAGAGGCAGUUCCUCAGUCGGACCAGCAGGGGGCGUCGCUGUAUAGAAAAGACCCAUCCUGCCUCCUGAGUUCUGACGUGAGGAAGCUCACCGUAAUGCCUCAGGCUCCCUCUUUCAGCUUGAAUUCCCCUCGGCCUCCGCUUGUGAGGAGCCGCUUUGGGGGGCAGCCUCCCGCCAGCGUCGCUCGACGGAUAUUCCAGACGAGGGCGGGGGUGUCGGUCCGCUCCAUGCACCCCCCCCUGCAAAGAGACCCGUCGUCCUGCCCUGCCGUUCGAGUGGCCAACCCUGUGCCGUCGCCCCCCUCCGCCCAGGCUGCCGGCAUGGGUGCGGUGAGGUCACAGCCCGGCCUGCAGGAGCAGGUGCAGACGCUGGGCGUGGAGCUGCGCGGUCUGGGGAUGGCAGUGCGGCUGCUGGCGGAGCAGCAGGGCCGCCUGGAGCGAGAGCAGGCCCAGCAGACGCAGGUCCAGAGGCAGAUCCUCAGCACGCUCCAGGGAAUUGCCUCCAGACUGGCGCCCGGGAAGCAGUCGCACUGCAGCAGGACGCCCCCUCCUCCCGGCCCCCCCACCUAUAAUCAGGUCCCGUUUGAGCCCCCCUUGAGUAGCUACGCUCAGUGCAGUCCGGCCCAUCCCAAGACCUGCGAGUUGGACGGCUUGGCCCAGGAACCCCUGGACGCCUACAAGCUGGCUGGCCUGAGUCCCCGGGGGUCAAACGGUUUUCAGGCAUGCAGCAGUACCGACAGCUUCCCCGCGGGUCACACGUCUGCCCAGGUACAGAUGCGCACCCUGACGUACACGCAGGGCCAGACUCCGACGUACAGCCAGUCGUAUGUGGAAACGCAGAGCCAGGCUCCAGAAGACCAUUUCCAGAGCGGCGGCCCGCCCCCUCGGCCUUCCUCCAGCCCCGGGUCCCCUCCUCCUGUCUCAUCUCACGACCCCCAGUUGAACAUCAUUAAAGUGGAGACGCUCUGAAUCAGCGGAUGGCUGUCUGGCAGGUUCACAGCAUAAAUGUGGGCAGCUCACCCACCAGAGGUCAGACAAAGGACCCCCUGAGCAUUCGGAACCUGGAUCUGAGACAUGUACAACGCAAGAGCCGAAAUGAAGUUUAUAAUGUAGCGGUGGGUUAGUAGAAGCUUGGAUGAUGAGAAGUAAAAGGUUUCUCUUUUCAAAUCUUUGUCCUAAACCUGCCGACAUCAGGGCCUGCAUACAAAGCUGGAUUGGAGAAUCUUGAGAAUUGGGAGAAUUCCCAGGGGCUGUCCUGGAUUGGGAAAAAAUGAAAUGUUAAUGCUAAUAGCAGGAGUACUCCAAAGGCCAGGCGGGGGCGUGAUAUUCCCUGGCUGAAGUGCCACUCCCACCCUGCCUGCCUGUCACAGACAGACAGAUCAACACUUACUGUACACAUGCAUCGCCUCUCACUUUUAUAUUUCCAAAUUUCUGUAUUUAACCACCCGUUUAUUCUUUUAAUGUCAAUAUUUUUUUCCAUCUUAACUGUAUUACUGAUGAAUGCUUUAGUAAUAAACAUACAACUUACUGAAAAAACAA